AUGCAAAAGAUUGUGGCCUUAAAAGAUGCUUCCCCUUGUUACCAUUUCUCUUUGAUUCUUUCUUUUGAAAUCAUCGAUUCUUUGCGUUUCUUCCCUUCCGUUCCAUGCUCCCUGAAGCCACGACAUUUGUCUUUGAUUCACUUCUCUUCUCUUUGCUGCGAGAAACACGCGACUUUCGUCAAAAGACACUUGUCAAAGACUCUCACCUUCGUUCUUAUCAUGUUCUUUGACUUCAGGCAUAUUUCGCUCUCUCCCCCCUCUCUCUCCCUCUCUCUCUCUCUCUUUCCACUUUUUAUUAAUUGUUUUCUUUCUCUCCCAAUCUUUCUCUCACUUUCUUUUUAUUCUUUCCUUAUAUUCUUUCUCUCUCUCUAUCUCUCUCUCUCUCUUCUAUUAUUUCCUUAUCUUCUUUCUCUCGCUCUAUUGCUCUCUCUUUCUCUCUUUUAUUCUUUCCUUAUCUUCUCUCACUCUCUCUUUUAUUCUUUUCUUAUAUUCUCUCUCUCUUUUUUUAUUGUUUCCUUAUCGUCUCUCUCUCUUUUUAUUGUUUCCUUAUCAUCUCUCUCUCUCUCUUUUUAUUGUUUCCUUAUCGUCUCUCUCUCUCUUUAUUCUCAUUUUCUUUCUUUCUUUCUUUCUUUCUUUCUUUCUUUCUCUAUCACUCCCUCUCUCUCUGUUUUUUAUUAUUCUCUAAUCUUUCUCUCUCUAUCGCUCUAUCUCUCUCUCUCUGCCUCUAUUUUAUUAUUUCUUUAUGUUCUUUUCUCUCUCUCUCUCUCUCUCUCUCUCUCUCUAUUCUAUUCUUUCCUUAUCUUCUUUCUCUCGCUUUCUCGACCGCACUCUUUUCUUUUUUUAUUCUUUGUUUAUUUUCUUUCUUUCUCUCACUCUCCUCUUUUUAAACUUUUUCUAUUUUCUUUCGUUCUAAAUCUCCAUAUCUUCUUUCUUUCUUUCUUUUUUUCUUUCUUUCUUUCUUUACUCCCUUUCUUUCUUUCUUUCUUUCUUUCUUUCGUUAUUUCUUUCCUUCCUUUCUUUCUUUCUUUCUUUACUCUCUUACUUUCUUUCUUUCCUCCCUUUCUUUCUUCCUUCCUUUCUUUCUUUCUUUCUUUACUCCUUUUCUUUCUUUCUUUCUUUAUUUAUUUAUUUAUUUAUUUAUUUGUUUCCUUUCUUUCUUUCUUAAUCUCGCUCAUUUAUCUUUUUUUAUUCUUUCUUUCCUUUCUCUCUGUCUCUCUGUCUCUCUCACUCUCCCUCGCUCCUUUCUCUUUUGUUCUUUCCUUAUUUUCUUUUUCUAUCUAUAUCUCUCUUUUUCUUGUUAUAUUUUCCUUAUUUAUUUUCUCUCUCGGUUUCCUUCAAUUUUUUCUUUAUUCAUUAUUUGCUUCAUUCCUUUCUCUUCUCUUUACUCAUUCUUUAUGCCGCUGUUUGUUUUCUCUUUUCUUUUCUUCCAUCUUUCCGUUUUUUAUUCAUCUUUCCUUUUUUUAUUCACUUUCAUUCAUUGCUUCCUUUCUUUUUCCUUCCUUCCUUCCUUCCUUCCUUCCUUCCUUCCUUCCUUCCUUCUUUCUUUCUUUCUUUCUUUCUUUCUUUCUUAUUAUCCCCCAACCUUCACUUUGUUGUUGCUUUCUUUCUUCAAACGACCUUAGACUUUUUCUUUCCUUCCUUCCUUCCUUCCUUCCUUCCUUCCUUCCUUCCUUCCUUCCUUCCUUCCUUUAUUCAUUUAUUUCUUUAUUUUUCAUUUCUUUAUUUAUUUAUUUCUUAAUAUACCCCCACCUUCACUUUCUUCUUGCUUUCUUUCUUCAAACGACCUUAGUCUUUUUCCUUCCUUCCUUUCUUCAUUUCUUUCUUUCUUUCUUUCUUUCUUUCUUUCUUUCUUUCUUUCUUUCUUUCUUUUCCAUUCGCUCUUUCACUCAACUCAUUUCUCUCCCUGCCUCUAUUAACUCUUUUUUAUUCCUUGAUUAUUCACUUUAUCUUCUACCUUUUCUUCUUCAUCAUUUCUUCUUUUUCCUUAUUUUCAAUGUUGUUCUUUUCAUUAUUUCAUUUUCAGUUUUCUUUCUUUUUUUCAUUUCCUCCUCUUUUCUCUUUUCCUCUUUUCCUCUUUUUCUCUCCCUUUUCUUCCUUAUCAUUUUUUCUUCUUUCUCCUUUUUUCUUUAUGAUUUAUGUCUCCAUCUUUUUCCUCGAUUUCAUUCCUUUUCCUUCUUUUAUUCUCGGUUUUUUUUUCCUUUACUUCUUUUAGUCUUCUUUCCUUUCUGCUUUUAUCUGCUCACACUCUUUCCACCGUAUCUUUCUUACCCCUUCUCUUCCCACCGUUUAUUUCAUUCUUUUUAUCUUUCUUACCCCUUCUCUUUCCACCGUUUCUGCUUUUAUUUCUCCUUGUCCCACAAUUUCUUUCUUUCUUUCUUUCUUUCUUUCUUUCUUUCUUAUUAUUCAACGCUCAGUCUCUCUUCUUUCUUUUUCUUUCCUUUAAUAUUCACCAGUCUUUCUUUCUUAGCCUUGAUUCUUCUCUUCUUUCUUAAUCUCUCUUCUUCUCUUUUUAUUGUCAGUUGGAUUUCUCUAUCUUUCUUUCUUUCUCUCUUUUAUAACCAUUCUUUCUUUAUUUUUCUUUUUUCUUCCUUUUUCUCUAACAUUCACCAAUCUUUCUUUUCUUUCUUUUUCUUUUCUUUCUUUUUUCUUAAUAUUCACCACUUUUUCUUUUCCUUUCUUUCUUUCUUUCUUUCUUUUGCCUCGAUUUCUCUCUUAUUGCUUCUCUCUCUUCUUUCGCUGUUUCUUUCUUUUAUUCUUUUUCUUCCUUUUUUCUUUCUUAAUAUUCACUACUCUUUCUUUUUCCUUUUUUUCUUUUCCAAUAUUCACCACUCUUUCUUUCUUUCUUUCUUAACAUUCCUUCAUUCUUUCUUUCUUUCUUUCUUUCUUUCUUUUUUUUGCCUCGAUUUCACUCUUAUUCCUUCUCUCUCUUUUUCCCUCCUUACUGUCACUUGUAUUUCUCUAUCUCUCUUUCAUCAUUCAUUUUUUCCCCACCUUUUAAAAAGCCGUUUCUCCACGCGUUUUGAAUCUUGCAGAAUCGCAAGAAGAAAAAGAAGAAAGCAGGAAGUUCGCAGCUGCUGGAGGCCAUCUUCUCUCCCGAGUCACGACUCGUCGCCCCUUUCACGCCCGUCUUUUUCUUCGAAUGCACCUCACAGGCAUGGUGCCCUCAAUUUAUAG